GAGGGCCAGCAGGACAUGGACUCACGGAGAGCUGCCCAUAGCAACUUGGACGGCUCCACAUUCAAGCACCAGCCAGGGCUCCCUCAGAGCCCUCGAGGCAGUUCCCUGGGCCAGGGCCACCUGGAGGUCCCACCUCCGCCACCAACUCCUGCCAGCAGGACUUCUCUGACCAUGGGCUCACAGCCCGAGGAUCUGAAGAAGGGGGCAUCUAGAUUCAACUCGAGAGAAUCCAGGGAGACCCCAGAGCGGACAGUGUCCCUGAGCCAGAAGGACAGCGCCAUUCCUGAGAACAUCCGCCACAAGUUUGGGAGCAAGGUGGUGGACCAUCUGAUCUCUGAGGAACAGGCUCGAAAGGCCAUUGGUGAAAUCUUUGAGGGCCAGAAGAGGUCAAGCUCAUGGCCCAGCAGGACCCAGAGCCCUGCACAAAUCUCCUCCAUCUUCACAGACUACUAUGACCUGGGCUACCACAUGCGGUCCAACUUGUUUCAAGGGCCACCCCAGGAGACAAAGAGCCUCAUGAAGGCUUCCUACACGCCAGAGGUGAUUGAGAAAUCAGUGAGGGAUGUAGAGCAUUGGCACGGCAGGAAGACGGAUGAGCUAGGACGGUGGCACCAGAAAAAUGCCAUGAAUAUGAACUUGCAAAAGGCACUGGAAGAGAAAUACGGAGAAAAGGGCAGAUCCAAGGGCAAGUAG